AUGUUGUCCCUUGCUCGAAUCGCACUGCUUGUGCUUCCAGUGGCACUCGCAUUUCCAGCUCCAACUCCUGUGGCUGUUCCAGUGGCAGUUCCACAUCCUAUGAUCACACCUCGUGCAUCAUUGACCGAUAGAACACCUACCAGAGUCCAAAACCGCGAUCUUCUCGAUUCGAUUAAAGGCGCAGGAAGCUAUGUGGAGAGUGUCCUGGGAUCGUUCCCUUCAUAUGUUGCUUCGGGAGUACCCAACUUCUUCCAGGACUUCCCGACAGGAACGGCAGUCCAAAGCAGCUUGAGCAUAAGUGAUGGAGAUCUGGAUGCAGCUCCUACACAAGUCUUGAACAUACCAUCCUACGCCAACUGGACAGAACAAGGAUGGAACCUUCGAUUCCGCGGGAACGUAUUCAAACAGCCCAACAUUUCCGAAUCGAAGCUCAAUGACCUCGCAAACGUCUUCCUGAUCGGAACGAAAAUCGAAGACCUCCCACCCGCACAACAGACUCAAGCUCGUAACUUGACGGCUGAGAUCUUCGUUGUCCAGCAAGGAGAUCGAAAUGUCUCAUUCAAUAUCGAGCCCGCGUCGAGCCAGGGCAACGAUGGUACAAGUGGAGGCAGUAAUGCAGUUACUCCAGGCGGAGGGUCGCAAAACAUCACACUUGUUGGACAGACUACAGAUCAGGGAGAUUUUGAUCAAUUCCUUCCAAUUGCCAAUGUCUCCGGACCAGGUGGAUUCCUUAAGCCUGGAAACACCACAACCAACCUCCAGCGGCUGAACAUCUACGCCACGGGAACAGACACUGGAAAUGCAACCUCCUAUCUAGUACCAACCGUCGGCCUUACAAUCAUCUCAGACAUCGACGACAUUCUCCGCAUCACCAAGAUCUACGACCCUGCAGAAGGUCUCUUAAACUCCUUUGCCCGCGCUUUCGUCCCUUGGAUGAACAUGCCGGAAAUAUAUGCAAACUGGAGCCAAAGCAUUCCCGAUUUCCAUUUCCACUACCUCACGACUACUCCUGAGCAAGUAACUCGCAAUUAUAUGGAUUUCAUCUACAAGACCUACCCUGGAGGAUCAUUCGAUACUCGUCCCCUCAACUUCUCAGACGUAUCCGCGACACUCUCCAUCCGCAAAUACCUCCUCGACCGCAUCUUCCAGACCUAUCCAAACCGAAAGUUCAUCCUCGUGGCCGACACGUCCAACUCGGACGUGAUGAAGGACUAUCCGAAAAUGGCAACCGAAUACCCCGGCCAAGUGCAAUGCAUUUUCCUGCGUAACACAUCAUCUACGGAUUCAAGCGAUAAGUUUCCGUAUGAUACGUCUGGGUUCAAGGGCUUGGAUAAUAGCACUUAUAUGUUCUUCAAUGUGCCCGACGAUUUGAGGGGCUUGGAUAUCAUGAAUGGGCAGUGUGUAAAUGCGACGGUGAAGCAAGAUGUUACGUUUAGUUACCAAGGACUGCCGUUCGGCCUGAGUAAGAAGAGUGCGGGAGGCAGAGUGGACGUUACCGGGAAGGUUGUGAUGGCUGGGCUGGUUAUGAUUUUUGCAGCGGUGUUUGGGGGUUUGUAA